AUGAAAAUAGAUGUUAUUGAACCACUUGUUCAAGAGGUACUGAAAGCUGAGGUGCUUGAUGACAUUCUGGAUCCUAUCUCUGAGUAUGAAUUAGUUGAAGUUGAUAAUUCACCACCCCAGAAGACUAUGGUUCACACGCCUAGAGCAGAGGAGGAAGCCCCCAAGCUUGAGCUCAAAUCCUUACCCCCUUCUCUGAAAUAUGUGUUCUUGGGUGAGAAUGACUCAUAUCCAGUGAUUAUUAACUCUUCCCUGAAGCCUGAAGAGGAAGAAGCACUUAUUUCAGUGCUCAAGAGUCAUAAAACAGCUUUUGGGUGGACCAUUAGCGACUUGAAGGGGAUUAGUCCAACCAAGUGUAUGCACAAGAUCCUCCUUGAAGAUGAUGCUAAACCAGUUGUGCAACCACAAAGGAGACUCAAUCCAACCAUGAAAGAGGUGGUCCAAAAAGAGGCUCCAUGGUUUGCAGACAUUGCAAAUUAUAAGGCCAUGAAUUUUAUCCUAAGGGAGUACAGUAGGCAACAAGUGAAGAAACUAUUGACUGAUGCAAAGUACUACAUUUGGGAAGAACCAUACCUUUUUAAAAGGUGUUCAGAUGGAAUCAUCCAGAGAUGUGUCCCAGAUGAAGAAAAAUAG